CUUGGUGAUAUAGCAGCUGAAAGUUAAAAUUUUAACAUCUGAAAAGGGUGAUAUCUCCUUGACGAAGUAACGACUAACGAAGUAAAGUAAUGGCAAUUCUAGACAAGAUUGAUGUGCCCUUUCGAAUUGUUAAAAAUGUUACCUUUCUUCGCUCAAAUCCUUUUCAUUCCUGAGGAGAAGACUGCUCAAUCUUGCUUGGAUGUCAUUUAUGGACGACCCCACAGACAAAAGAGUGUUUGAUGAUGCCUCUCCACCGUUGUUUUUUUGGUAUAUAAAUCAAAAAUUGAUUUAUGAUACGAGCUCAGUUAUCAGUAGCCAGUCGUCAAACUAUCAACAGAGGAGUCUCAACAGAGGAAUCCGCGACAUGAAGGAAACACUCUCAAUAACAGAGGUAGCUAGGAAGAAGGUAAAUUUAACCAUUGGAAAUGGCGGCCAUUGGUUCCACAGCAAGAAGGACCAUAAAAAUGCGCCAGAGGUGAACGAUUCGGAAUAUUUCAACAACAUGAACUACCACCGGCUCACAGCGGAACAGAUCAAUCAAUUGCUUGGCACCUCAUAUGAACGUGGUCUGGACAGUGCAACGGCAGCAAAGCGUUUACAACAGAACGGUCCCAACGAACUGAUGCAGCGUCGUCCGAAUUACGUCUGGAAAAUUCUCGGAUAUGUUUUUGGCGGCUUCUGUUCGGUACUAUGGAUCGGAGUCAUUGUCUUCUUAUUGUGUUGGAAGCCCCUUAGCACUCCUCCGAUUGUGCCAGAUGGUGUACCUAGUGUUCAAAACCUUGCUUUGGCUAUUCUUGUUGUCUGCGUCAUAUUUUUGCAAGCCUCCUUUUCGGCUUUCCAGGAUUGGUCAACUUCUCGGGUCAUGAAAUCGAUUCUAAAUUUAUUGCCCUCCGAAUGUAUUGUUUUGAGAAAUGGACAAAUCUCAAAAAUUUCGGCCAAUCAGUUAGUUGUUGGCGACAUUGUCCAUGUUGAUCUGGGCAACAAGGUUCCAGCCGAUAUUCGACUACUUCAUGUAUCCAACGACUUGAAGUUCGAUCGCGCCGUUUUGACCGGUGAAAGUGAUGCCAUUGAAGGUAGUACCGAUUUCACGGAAGAAAGCUUUCUGGAAACGAAGAACAUUGCACUGAUGGGAACACAUGUCGUUAAUGGCAACGGUAUCGGUGUAGUGGUGCUUACUGGUAACAAUACGGUUAUGGGUCGUAUCAAUCGAUUGACCAGUUCAGGAAAACAAAAGAAGACCCUGAUCCAAAAGGAAAUUUCCCGAUUUGUGCGUAUCAUUGUAUCACUGACGAUUGUCCUUGUUUCCAUAUUACUUACCGAAUGGCUGGUGUUCUUGAAUCGACUACAUCCCGAUUUCCAAAGUGUUGUCGUUCUCAUGAUGAAUCUCAUGGGCUGUGUCGUCGCAUUUAUACCGGAAGGAAUGCCCGUCGGAGUGGCUAUGACGCUGAUGAUGAUCGCAAAACGCAUGAAGCAGAACAACAUCUUACCGAAAGGUCUCACCACCGUCGAAACGUUGGGAUGUGUUAAUGUCAUCUGUUCGGACAAGACUGGAACUUUAACGCAAAACAAAAUGUUUGUGACUACCGUCGGGUUCGGUGAUGUGGAGUGCACGCCGGACGAAUGUCGUGAUAUUUUGGAAUAUUUGCCAAAAAAGCCAACAGCUAUCGCUUUUCGGCAGCUCCACCUGAUGACCUACUUUUGUAACAAUGCUACAUUCGAUGCUAGCACCAUGGACCGUCCAAUUCCGGAACGUUUGGUUAAUGGUGAUGCUACCGAUAGCGCUAUUCUUAGAUUUGCUGCUCAUCUUGGCACCGCUGAGAACGAACUUUCACAGUUUCGUCGCGUGUUUGAAAUUCCAUUCAAUUCCAAAAAUAAGUUCAUGCUCACCAUGUACCAACCUGGAGCCAAUCCGGAAACCAUGAACAAAAUUUUCGGUGCUAGCAACCGAUCUCUUAUCUUCGUUAAAGGCGCUCCCGACAUUUUGAUGUCCAAGUGUACACACUACUUGUCAGCAGAGACGAAUACCGUUCAACCAUUGACACCGGACGUAAUUUUGCGCUUGAACAAUCUCCAAGAGAAAUGGGCAAGAAAUGGUCAACGUGUUCUCAUCCUUUGUCGCCGCUUCUACACUCCCAUAAACUCACUAGAAUCAAACGAAUUGCAAGACGAAAUGGUCAACCACGCUGUUCAAGACUUGACAAUCAGUGGUCUCGUUGGUAUCAUGGAUCCUCCGCGCCCUGAAAUCAUAAAAACGGUGGCUGAUUGCCGUAGUGCUGGAUCUCGCUUCUUUAUGAUUACUGGCGACUUUGGCCUGACUGCUGCUGCUAUUGCUCGUGAGAUUGGAAUCUUUACCACAGAAAAAGAUCCCGAUAACUUUGAAAGCAUAUCAAACACAAAUAUUGCGUCGUUAGAUCUUGCACACAUGACUGGAAGUUUAUUGUUAACCGGAAGUGACUUGCUGAAGUUGGGAGAUCGUGAAUGGGACAUCGUUUGCCGAUACGAAGAAAUUGUUUUCGCACGUACUACGCCGGAACAAAAGUUGCAAAUUGUGAAGGAGCUUCAAAAGCGUGACCAAGUUGUCGCUGUAACUGGUGACGGAGUAAACGAUGCGCCUGCUCUCAAGGCAGCUGACGUCGGUGUUGCUGUUGUCACUGGCAGCGAUGUUGCGAUUGAAGCGGCCGAUUUGGUAUUGAUGGGAGGUUUCGAUUCGAUCACAGAAGCCAUACGAAUGGGCCGGCUUGUUUUCCAAAACUUGCAAAAGGUUAUUGGCUACCUUCUACCUGCUGGUUCAUGGUCGGAAAUUUGGCCAGUUUUGGUAAAUGCUUUCUUUGGCACUCCACUUCCACUCAGCUCAUUCCUCAUGAUCAUGAUUUGCUGUUUCACCGAUUUGUUCCCCUGCUUGGCUCUUAUCAUGGAAAAUGAAGAAUAUGAUCUGCUGUCACAAAAGCCUCGGAAUGCUCGCAAGGACCAUUUGAUCAAUUUCAAAGUGUAUUUGAAAUACUACGGAUUCAUUGGAACAAUGCAAACGAUUUGCUCGAUCGGAAUGUUCUUUCAUUUCAUGAAAGAAUAUACUGGCCUUGGUUGGAACGACUUUGUCGGAACGUACAGUAGAGGUCCGUGGGGACCACCUGGCAACGAGACAUUCGGCUGGGACAAGUCUGGCAAUCUUUUAACGGAGGAUCAAUUCAAUCUCAUCCAUUAUAGUGGUCAAAGUGUUACGUUCAUAACUUUGGUGAUUUUGCAGUGGGGAAAUGUGCUUUGCACUCGGAAUCGCAAGAUAUCAAUUAUCGAAGGAGAUCCAAUUCGUGCCAAACGUCGCAAUCUGUGGGUGUUCGCAGGCAUUUUCGCAGCAUUUGUCACGGCCGUAAUCGUUACCGAAGUUCCUUCAAUUCAAAACGUUAUGCAAACAGGAGCCAUACCGUUAAAAUAUUGGUUGCUUCCAUUACCUCUGACUUUUGCUGUCAUGAUGAUGGAAGAGACCCGAAAACUGAUAGUGAGAGUGUACCCUAAGAGCUUCAUUGCCCGAUUGUCGUGUUAGAUAUAGUAUGUGAUAGAUUAGGUGAAACCAA